CAGCCUCCUUCUCCCACCUCUCCAUAAACAAUACCGCAGUUCAACAAAUCUGAUGCGACUUGAGACUCAUAAACAGAGUACAAGCGAAGGAGAAGCUUUUACCUCCCAAGCAAGAAGACCAUGGCUUCAGCCUCCCCUCAACCCAGUUUCCUCACAGGCAACCCCAUCUCCCCAAUUCCUAAGCCCACAAGGAGGUCACUCCCACCCCAACUGCUCUCGUGCCGGUUUUCCAUGGAAAAAGAACCAGACCCGUCUGGCAGAAGUGAGAUAAAGUUGGCUAAAUUGGCGAUUGUAACGUUGGCGGCUGGUGUGCUGACAGUUGGUUCCGUCCAUGAUGCCAUGGCCGCGAAGUCCGGUGGCAGAGUUGGAGGUCAGGCCUUCCGGUCACCGGCACCAAGGUCGUCAGGCCCGCGAAUUAACAAUUCAAGCAUUCCAUUUUGGACAGGACUAAUGUAUUCAUCAACCCACCAGUGGCACCACCUCUCGUUGGUGGGUAUGGCUAUGGGGUACCAUUCUAUGGUGGAUGGGGCUGGUCUCCUUUCACAUUCUUUGCACCAGGGCCCAACGUUGCGAUAGGCAUUGGAGGAGGGUUUGAAGUAUUUGCCGCGUUCUUAGUGCUUGGAGCGAUUACAACCGUUAUUAGAAGAUUUAUUGGGCGAAGAGACGAUGAUGAAGAUGACUAUUAAUGCCAUAUUGCUAUGCCAUCAUUUAUAUAACCACGUCUGUAUUAAAGGGACACCAAAGUUACCACUUUUUUGUAUUCGUGAUUAAUAUCUCUACACUUGCAAAAUGUAUUAUAAGAGUAGUAGACUAGCAGUACAUCUUAUUUGAUCUUUUUAUGGU